AUGGCAGCAGCUGCUUUGGCUUACAUCAGAACAGAAACAAUCCCAGAAAACAAUACGGGAAAUGAGCCAGACGAUGAUGACGACUUUUUUGAUACUGAUGUUGAUACCGACACAUCAACUACAUCAUGCAGUUCUAUAUUCACCGAAACACUUGAUUAUUCUUAUCGAAAUUUAUCGUCGAUACCCGAAGAACUUUUAAAUUCGGAUGAAAAACGAGUAAAGAUAAGAAGUUUACAAUUAAACAGUAAUUCAUUAUUAACAUUACCAGCUGAAAUGUUUGAACGUUUUCUAUUAUUAACAACAUUAGAAAUAUCAAACAAUCAAAUUGUACAAUUUCCAAGAGAAAUAUGUUUAUUAAAAAAUUUAAAAAAUUUAUUUGUCAAAAAUAAUUGUUUAGAUGAUUUAUCUUUACCAAAAGAAAUGGAACAAUUACAACAAUUGGAAAUUGUUAAUUUUGGUGGAAAUCGAUUAAAACAAUAUCCAUAUCAAUUAUUUCAAUUGACUAAUUUAAAAGAAGUUUAUUUAGGAUCAAAUCAAAUAGCAUUUCUUCCAAAUUUAUUCGAUUCAUUAAGCAAAGUUGAAGUGCUUUAUUUGGGUGGUAAUCAAAUACCAUCCAUACCCGACACGAUUGGACUGAUGAAAAAUUUAAUUGUCCUAAAUUUAAGUGGAAAUCGUCUAAAGACAUUGCCAUCGACAAUAUCACAUUUAACACGUUUGAAAUCAUUAUCCUUACAUAAUAAUCAGUUUUCAACCCUUCCACCAGAUAUCAUUCGUCUCGAUCUACAAGAACUUAGUUUGCGAAAUAAUCCGUUAAUCGUAAGAUUUGUACGUGAUUUAACUUAUGAAGUGCCAACUCUCAAAGAAUUAGCGGCACGUACUGUUAAAAUACAAAAACUACAAUGUGACAAUGAAAUCAUACCUAAGAAUUUGGUAGAUUAUUUAAGUUCAGCAAAAUCAUGUGUUAAUCCAAAGUGUAAAGGUGUCUAUUUUGAAAAUUGUCAUAAGAACAUCAAAUUUGUGGAUUUUUGCGGUAAAUUUCAAUUGCCUUUACUACAAUUUUUGUGUUCUCCAACAUGCACAACGUCUCCAACAUUUUGUUGUACAAGUUCAGAUUCAGAUACACAAGAUGAUUAUGGAGAAAUACCGAAAGAUAUGAGUAACAAAUUUAAAAAGAUUUUACUUGGUUAG